CAGUUGGAAAGAGUUUCUUGGCUGGGCUUGAUCAGGAUCCAGGAAUGGCCAGCAAAGGAGCUGCAGCUUCAGCCUCCAUGGAGAACUCCAAUACUGGUGGGACCAGCGGAAAUAGCAGUAAUGGGGACAGUGCCAGUCAGGACAGCACUUUCGAAUGCAACAUCUGUUUAGACACUGCCAAGGAUGCUGUGAUCAGUCUGUGUGGACACCUCUUCUGUUGGCCUUGUUUACAUCAGUGGUUAGAGACCAGGCCAAACAGGCAAGUGUGUCCCGUAUGUAAAGCAGGAAUCAGCCGAGAUAAAGUUAUCCCGCUUUACGGAAGGGGCAGUACUGGGCAACAGGACCCCAGAGAAAAAACACCUCCACGACCUCAGGGGCAGAGGCCUGAACCAGAAAAUAGAGGGGGUUUCCAGGGAUUUGGAUUUGGUGAUGGAGGCUUCCAAAUGUCGUUUGGAAUUGGGGCAUUUCCUUUUGGUAUAUUUGCUACAGCGUUCAACAUAAAUGACGGCCGGCCACCUCCAGCUGCUCCAGGGACUCCCCAGUACGUGGAUGAACAAUUCCUAUCCCGUCUUUUCCUGUUUGUGGCCCUGGUGAUCAUGUUCUGGCUUUUGAUUGCUUAACUUUCCUCCACAGUCUGUAUUGUACGACAGUUUGCCGGGCUCUGAGCUAGUCACAGACUGCUGCUU